GUUUCAAUUUCUCCCAUUUAUGGUUUUAAUUAGGGCACUUUUUCAGCCUCAUUAUGAAACGUAGAGUCUUUUUCUAGCUAAAAGUCAUCAAAUUGAGUUUCUGGAAAUUAUUACCCAGACUUUGAGCUAAUCACACUAGUUUUUGUUCGAGCACUACUACUCAUUCUACCUGUGACAUAUAUAUAUAUAUAUAUAUAUAUAUAUAUAUAUACUAGAAAGAAAAAAAAAUUAAACGAAUCAAGGAAAAACACAAAACUCACGAGGAGAUUGAGAAGAAGAUGUCAACUGAGACCGAGAUUGAGAUUGAACUGCGGCAGGUGAAGAGCAGUAAAAGACUUCCCAAUGGCUCCGACGGAGCUUGGUUAUGGAUUUAACAAUGGCGGUCGUCGAUGUUGCCAUAUUUCAUGGAUCUAAUGUAAUUUCAUGACACAAAAUCUUGGAUUUUUGUUGGAAAAGAGUAGAUUUGGAGAGGAAGAAGAGGGCUUAAGGGGUUUAAGGCUUGUUCACGGGUUGGGUUGGGCCGGGUUAUGGCUAAAAUUCUGUGCUGGCCCGACCUAUUCGGCCACUAUCAAUAUGGGCUAGAUUGGGUUGAUCCAAGUUCUUAUUUUUAUCACAUUUCUCCCAAAAAAAAUUCAGAUCUCAUCUCAGUCUCUCGUCCACUCCACCCUGGUCUCUAUCUUCCAAGUGCUCUUGCUCGGCUUUGGUGUGCAUGGCAUUGUCUCCGGUGGUCAAGGGUUUGAUGCUCAAUAAAAAAGUUUGGGGAACUUGAGGAAGGAGAAUAGGAAGAAGAAACAAUGUCGUAUGACGAUGUGGAGAUCGAAGAUAUGGAGUGGAACGAAGAGCUGAAGGCGUACACAUACCCGUGCCCGUGUGGAGAUUUGUUCCAAAUCACUAAAGAGGACCUUAAACUCGGCGAGGAGAUUGCUCGCUGCCCCAGUUGUUCUCUCUACAUCACUGUCAUUUACAACAUGGAGGAUUUCUCCUCCCAAUCUGAUCAGACAAAGAAGGGUAUUGACCCACCUAAACAGCAGCCAAUCACUGUUGCUUGAACAUUCCAGUGUGGCCUUGGCUAGAGGUGGCAAAGGAAUCGAUAAUUCUUUCCAAGUUUUGACAUUUGAGGAUUCUUUUCAAGUUUUGACAGAGCUUUUUUGACUACUUGUGAAAAUGGAAGUGAGAAAUGUUUACUUUUUUGUAAACAUUAUAUUAUUAUUGGGUAAAUAACAGGAGAGGCCAGGGGAACAUAUGAGUAGAGAGAUUGUUAUUAUUAUGUUAAGGGUCAUCGUUAGAUGAGGUGUUGAUGUCCUUUGAGGUUAACAAUAUACAUGUAACAGUGAAUAAUAGUUGAUACCUUUUCUAUUAUCGUCUUUUUUACCGUUUGUUUUAUUCCUUUGAGAGGUUGAGAAUUCUGGGAGUUCAUUUUCUUAAAAUCUGAUUUGUAGAACGAGGAAUCGAAAAUUGAAAGGCAAAGGUGAUGUUUUGAUGGUUA